UAAUAUUUAUAUAUCUCACAAUAAAGUUCUAUUAAAUUUUUUUUCCGAAAAUUUAUUUAAAAAUUAUAUUUAAUUAAAAUUUAAUUUCAAUAAUAUAAUUCUAAUAAUAUAAAUUUGUAAAAUCAUAUCUAUUUCAUAGAGAAAAACGAUUAGUGUUGCCAUCUGACGUAUUAUAAAAAAUGACAAUGAAGACAAUAAUGUUCACAGUUUUAUAUGAUGAUGUAAAUUGUAGUCAGUAUGUCAUUUUCAUUAUUUGAUCGCGUUAAAAAUUUAAUAGAAAUUAGUUAUUAAAGUUCGUGGUAUAUGAUUUAAUUAUCGCGUUACUGAUAAAAAAAUUAUUAUAAUUAAUUAUAUUAUUGAAUUUAAAGAUUUCCUUGUUUUUGAUGAAAGUGUAUGUAAAAUAAUAAUGCAAAUUAAGGUUAUUUGAUAGCAAAAUAAUAGAUAACAUUUCAUAGUAUUAAACAUUUAUUAAUUAUUGAUAUAUUUUUUUAUAUUGCUUGUUUGUGAUAACAUGCGUGAAAUUAUACUGCCUGCAUCAUUUGUCACUUAAGUAUGUGUUUGUUAUUGAUCAAAACUGAAUGAUCUAAGCAGUGACAAUUUAAUUUUGAUAUGAAGAUACAUUGGAAUAAAUCCAAAAAUUAUCUUUUAAAUUUUUUAUAAGAUAAAAAUAUAAAAAAUGAAUAAUUUUCAAGAUGAAAUCAAUAUGCAAGAAAUAUUAUUGCUUGGAAAACUUCUGCAUCAAAAUGGAGACAAAGUUUUAAAUUCAGUGGGAAAGCUGUCUUUAUCAACAACCUUAUUAUGUAAUUUAAAUUCAGCUUUCUCUUUAAUUGUGGAUGGAUCUGAAGAUUUAGAAGCUUCAUUUCAAGUAUGCAAUAGUUCAAAAAUUGACAUAUUUCGCGACUUGAAAUUUUUACAUGACUUUAUACAGAAGACAAUUGGCCUAAAAUUGAUUUAUUGUCCAAACAAUCCUAAUAUCCCUGUUGAUAUUACUAAAUUUAGGUGUUUGAAACAUCUAGAAUUAAAGAAAAUCAAUAUUAAUUCUGUGAAAGGACUCCAAGAUGUUAGAAGUCAACUUGAAAGUAUUAUCUGUGCUGGUAGAAAAGGAGUUUGUACUUUGAAACAAUUAUUGGCAAAUUGUGGAGGAGAUGCUAGUAUUGGAUUUAUAUGGAGUUCUUUGAAACAUUUAGCAUUACCACAUAAUUCUCUUGAACAAUUGGAUAUAUCUUUAGAAUUAGUACCUUGGCUACAAAUAAUAGAUCUAAGUCAUAAUUUGAUAACAUCUGCAGAUCAAUUAUCUUGUUUACCAAAUUUGAAAUAUGUAAAUCUUGGAUAUAAUAAACUUGAAACAGUACCUACUUUUAAUGAAACUGCAUCACACUUAUUACAAGUAUUAGUUCUAAAGAAUAAUUAUAUAGAAAAUCUAAAUGGUUUACAAAAUUUGGAAUGUUUAACAGAAUUAGAUUUAUCAUAUAAUUGUGUGAUGGAACAUUUAAGUUUGUGGCCUUUAGAAAAAAUGUCUGCUUUGUUAUGGAUAUCCUUGGAAGGCAAUCCCUUAUCGUAUCAUCCAAAAUAUCGAUUACUAGCUAUAAAACAUUUACAUCCAUGUUUGAGUAAUAGCAAGUUUGUUUUAGAUCAUGUACCACUAUCAAAAUCAGAAAAGGAAAUUAUUGCAGAAAAUCGAUUAUUUGCUAUUAAAUCUAAACUCCUAACAAAUAAAUUUCACACCUCAAUGUCAGAUUCUUUAAAUUCUAGUAGUUUAUUUGCAUCUACAAGUGAAUUAGCAGGAUCAAAUAAUAUGGACAAAAGUUUUUCUAAAAGUAAAAAGAAAUCUAAUAUAAAAGAAGCCAUUAUUGCAGAUGUUGAACAAGAAAAGAAAGAACUAAAAACAGAAACAACAUCAAAAGGACAUUUAGAAACAAAAAAACAAAUUUUAGAAAUACGAAAAAAAUAUGGAGAAGAUAAGUGGUUAAGUAGUCAUGCUGGGACAUUUGUUCAAGAUAUUAUGGGAUUACAGCCUUCAUGUCCGAUAUUAAUACCAGAAUUUGCAAUAGAAAAUUUAGAUUCUAAAAAUAUUGUAGCAAGUGCUGAAAAUUCAGCUAUUCUUUUAAUGGAAAAUACGAAAAUUGAAACAAACGAAGAAUCUUUAAUGAAAGAGACUAAUGAAAGCAAUAAUGAAAAAGAAAAUGAAAAUGAAGUAUUAAACGAAGAAGAGAAUAUUUCUGAAAUUAUAUUAACCAACAAUGCAAGCAGUCUUAUAAAUAUAUCUGAACCUUUAUAUGAUCCAGAACAAGAAGGAGGGAAAUUAUAUAUAGUUCAAAAGAAAAAAAAUGCAGACGAAUUAGAAAAUUUAUUUUUAAUGAUAACAUCAAAUGAUAUUAAAGAGAUAGAUUCACUUACUGGAAAAUUGAAAUACUGUUGGUCAAUGAGUUCUGUAUUAUCAUGUGUAUUGGGUAGAAGUGAACCAAUCACAGUGGAUAUAAUUUUUGAUACAACACGAGAACAUCGUCAAAAUAGAAGAUAUUUUGUAAAAUCAGAUAUUGCAAAAGAAAUAGUAAAAAUAAUUAAUGAAGAAAUCAAAAAAAGACCAAUGUUAUUGAAAAUUUUUAAAUGUAUGAAAUGUUCAACUCAUUUUUCUCAAGAUUUAGAAUAUAUUACUCUUAUAAAUUCUACUACAUCAGGUAUGAAAUGUCCCACUUGUAAAAGUACUUUAGUUAUAGAAACAGACGAAUUAUCAAUUUUAAACAUGGAAAAUGAUAUUUCUGAAGAUUCAUUGGAAUGUAUAAAUAAAAAUCAGUAUUCAGAAAAUCCAAUAAAGGGCAAUUUACAACAUUCUGAAUCUUAUUCUAGUAUUGGUGGAAUGGAGAGUGGAGCUAUAUCCGUCACCACUUCUCUGGUGCACUCCGAUUCUCACACUCAAGCUCAAGUCUGUUGUUCAGCUACAAGUUUAGAGGAAUCAAGAGAAUCUACACCAUCUGCAAAUACAUCAAAUAAAAAAUAUGAAAGUGAUAUAGAAGUACUAAGCAAUCCAAGUCAAAGUAGUAUCGAAGUUUUGGACGAUGCAUCGAGAACUCAUCUUACACCUCAUAGAAAGCGUUCCUCAGAAGAAAGACGUACUGCUAUUGUUCCAUCUCUUUUAACAAUACCCGAUGUAGCUCCAAUUAUAACUGGUUUAACUGAGAGUAGCUCUUCAGGUUCUUUAACGGAUAGCAUAUGUACUGCAUAUGAAAAUAAAAUAAUGAAGCAAGUUAAUGCAGAUGAAAAAUCUCUUGAUAGUAAUGAUAAAGAAAUAAAAUUUACACCUGUAACAAAUUUAACUUCUAUGCUAGGUGGACUACUUCAAAGUAUAAAAAUUGGUAAUAAUAAACCGUUAAUGUUAAAAGAAGAAACAUCACAUCUAAUAAGCAGUAAUAUUCAGUAUUCUUAUACGGACUUCAACAGCAUAGAUCAUAGAAUAAAAUUACAUAUCAUUUUGAAUAUAUUUGAACAUGAAAAUGAAGAACUCAUUCUUCUUCUCAGGGCAGAAAUUUUAAUGCAAAAUACAAAAGAAACAUUUCCUGGUUGUUUGGUUUUAUCUACAUUCAAAGUAUAUGUGCUUAAAAUUGUUGGAAUAGAAGGAGAAAAUCCACAACGUUGGUUGCAUAAAGAAAUUAGUUGGACGAUAGAUAGAUUAAAACGUUUUUCACCAAUACCAUUCAAACAAGGUAUUUUAAUUGAAUUAGAACAACCUAACAAAAUUAAUGACGAACCGAAUUCUACUAUUACAUUCUUAUGCGUUCUGCAAGAUCUACAAAGAACACUGAAUUUUCUAGUUUAUGUUACUGAUUUUUUAUUACCAUCUAUUUGUGAAGAAGUUGAACUCACAGUCUCAGAAUAUUGUACCUCUUCAAUGUAUCAAUUACUAAAAGAUUGUAAAAAUUAUCAAAAUGGAGAUACUGUUAGACACCUCGCAUUAUUUUCUUCUGCCAUAUUAAAAUAUCAAAAUCUCGAAGUUCAACUUAAAUUAUCUAGUUUAAUAGUGACUACAUCUGUCUUAGCAUUGUGUAACAUGCAAUGGCUUCUUCCAGGCAAUAAAGAAUCACCACAUAUAAUAAAAGAACAAGCAAUGAGCAAUUUGAUUGGAGUUGAACAUUAUAACUCUUCACUGACAUUAAAUUUCUUAGAUGAAGUAAUAGGACAGGAAGAAACGUGGAUUCUAAAUUUUGUUUCUAUGAGUGCUGCAGAAAUAGUUGUCACUUCUAUACGAUCUCCAUGGGAGGAACUUUUUUCAAUUCCUUUACAAAAUACAAUUUGCAAAUCACAAGAUUAUGAAAAUGAAUAGAAUAUUAAAUAUAGAUAACUAGAAAAGUAUUCUAGUCCAAGAAAAUAUAUCAGGUAAUCUAUGAACGAAUAUAAUUUAUUGAAUCAAAUUGAUAGUUAAUGCAAUUUUGCACAAAUUAGUGACUUAUAGUUUUUUUUUAUAUAAGAUUUGUAAUUUAUUAGAUAAAAAAAAAGUAUAUUUGACCAACAAAAAUAUAUUAUAUAAUUAUAUAAUCAUACAAUAUAACAAAAAUAUGUCAUAAAUAACAAUUAUUUUGUGCAAUUUCAUAAUUUAUAUUUUAUAUUGUUCUACAACUUAUAAAACAAUAUUAUAUUUAUGCAAUAAAAUUGAGAAAUGUAAUAUAAAAAUAUUUAAAAGUAUAAAAAAUAUUGUGAAUAAUCUUUUUAAUAUUUAAAAAAUUAACUAUCUUAUUUAUCUUAUAUUUGUGAUAAUUCUGAUAGAUAUUUGAAAUAUUUAUAUUUAAUAGUAUCUUAAAUUCUUUCUAAUAAUAUUUUAGAAUAUUUAUUUUAUUGAAACAUUCAAAAAAAUUUCAAAUGGUGCUAUUAAUAUUAAAAUAUUAUAUCUUAAAAUGAUUGUUAAUACAAAUAAAUUUUUAUAUUAAUAAUUUAAUAUAUAUCUUAAAUAAUUAACGCUUGAUAAUAUAACUAUGAUUUAUUUGUUUUUAGAUUGUUGAAGCUAAUAUUCGUAUUUUAUUUACAAUUAAAAAAUUCGUCUUUAUAAUAUUCAUUGAUAUUCAAUUUGAAAUAGCUUUUAAUAAAAUGAAAAUUUUUAUAAUUAUAUGGUUUUUAUAUUGUAAAGAAAAUUAAACAAAUUUUUUUUCAUAAAUAUUAAAAUUAUUAAAACGUCAAAAAUAUUCAAAAAAUAUAUUUUCUUUAUAUUAUAAUAAAAAUAAAUGUUAUAAAUGUUAUAAUAAUGAACAAUAAUUAAAUAUUAAUCUGUGAUAUAUUAAUUUUUAUCAUUUAUGUAUGGAAGUAUUUAAUAUGCACGUAUAUUCAUAAAACUAUAUUAUAUUAUGAUUUAUAGGAGAGAAAUAUAAGGAACAAUUUUAUAUUAGAUUGAUCAAAGACAUUAAUACUUAGUUUAAAUACUAAAAUUAAUUUUAAUUUAUAUAUUGUAUUAAUUAACAUUAAAUAAUUGAUAACUUAUUGUAUUAUGAAGAUCAAAGAUUAUUUGUAUACAUAUGUAAAUAAAUUCUUAUGAUAUCCAUUA